AUACAAAGCCAGCAUCGAAGCCGUUUUUAUUUUUAACAUUUUUCUGGACACCCGGCGAGAGAUGGGAAGCACCAGCACCGCUCUAAUCUCCCAUUUGCAGCUAAACAAAUGCUGCUUCAGACUCCUCGACUCAGCCAGGACUCGGCUCAACCUGAGUUCCGUACGAGUCAGCAGCUCAAAGAGGAAGAAUUCAGCACUUAUUGCUUCGCGGAGCCGGAGAAGGCUCGGUGGCGCUGUUUGUUUUGCUGCCGUCGAUGAUGAUUUGAGGGAAAACCAGCAGGAGUUGAGUACCAGCGGUGGAGUUGGAUCGGCUAUCGAGGAUAGGCCUGACUUGGCUAAUAUCUCAAGAGAAGGAACAUCAGAGAGUUUUGAGCAAGCUGAUGAACAAAGUGCACUAUAUAAUUUUCUUUAUCCUGAUAAAGAGCUCCUCCCUGAUGAUAAAGAAAUGAGUAUAUUUGAUCAUCUUGAAGAGCUUCGGCAGAGGAUAUUUGUGUCAGUUUUGGCAAUUGGAGCAGCUAUCUUGGGAUGCUUUGCAUAUUCUAAAGAACUGAUAAUGAUUCUUGAAGCCCCUGUUAAAGUGCAAGGUGUACGGUUUCUGCAACUGGCACCUGGGGAGUUUUUCUUCACAACUUUAAAGGUAUCAGGAUAUUGUGGCCUUCUUAUAGGCAGCCCGGUUAUUCUCUAUGAGAUCAUAGCCUUUGUUCUUCCAGGGUUAACAAGAGCAGAGAGAAGGUUUCUGGGGCCUAUUGUUUUGGGCUCCUCAGUGCUUUUCUAUGCUGGCAUCAUCUUCUCAUACUUGGUUCUGACUCCAGCAGCCUUAAAUUUCUUUGUUAGUUAUGCUGAAGGGGUUGUGGAAUCUUUGUGGUCCAUUGAUCAAUAUUUCGAGUUUGUACUGGUGCUUAUGUUCAGUACAGGCUUGUCUUUCCAGGUUCCAGUUAUUCAAUUUCUUCUAGGACAAGUUGGAAUAGUCUCAGGAGACCAGAUGCUUUCAAUUUGGAGAUACGUUGUGGUUGGUGCAGUUGUUGCAGCAGCUGUACUUACACCUUCAACAGAUCCUCUUACCCAGAUACUUCUGGCAGCACCUUUAUUGGGUCUUUACUUAGGUGGUGCAUGGGUUGUAAAGCUUACUGGGAGGUGAUUGGCUUGGUCUUCAAUUCAGUUGGGUGGCAACUUGAAGUAGGAGUAUAAAUCUGCCUCCUCAAUCUCCUGUUAAAUUUGUAUAAUCAUUGUAGAAAAAAUUUUUUAGUAUAUGCAAAUUUAUCAUUCUGUAGCCCAGUGAUUCAUAUAUAUUUCAUGGCCAACGUAGGGGUCAAGAUCCUCUCAUGAUAGAAUGAAAUAAAAAGCUAAGA